GCAGAACAGGUCACUUCUAAAACGGCAGUGAUAAUAACCGCUUGGCACAUUUAGAUAAAACAUUUUUAUUACUAUUUAAAGAUAUCAGUGCGAAGAUAUUUUCAAUCAUAGGAGGUGUUUCCUAACGUCAAUAAAUUAAAAAUAAAGAAAUACUUAUAAAAAUAAAACAGGUGUGUUGAGUUCAACGUGCAUAAUUGAGUUUGAUAUAAAACGUUGCAGAUUUACUGGAUAAUGAUAUUUAAAUAUUUGUUAAUAUUUUCUUUAUUUAAAUUGGUUAAACCGUAUAACUAUCGAAUAGUUAAUACAACUACAGGGCCAGUCAGAGGUAUUUUGAAAGAUUGGCAGGAUUUAAAAUAUUACACAUAUCUAGGUAUUCCAUAUGCAGAAAAACCUACAGGCCAGCUACGAUUUAUGCCUCCAGUUCCAAAAAGGCCAUGGUCACAUGUAUUCGAAGCAACACGCGAAGGCUCUUCAUGUCCGCAAGGAUCAGAAAAGUAUGAGCGGUACCAAACGGACGAAGAUUGUUUAUUCCUGAAUAUAUAUGUGCCACAAAAUACUACGAAUAACAAAUUGUCGGUACUAUUUUUCGUGCACGGAGGCACAUUUCGUUUGCUAUCCGGCAAUAGUGACGUAAUAUAUGGACCGCAAUUUUUUCUAGAACAAAAUAUUAUAUUUGUUUCAAUGAACUACAGGUUAGGAUCGCUUGGAUUCCUAUCACUAGAUACAGUAGGAGCACCUGGUAACGCAGCUUUAAAAGACGUAGUAUUAUCUUUGAAAUGGAUAAACGAAAACAUCGAACGUUUCGGUGGUGAUCGAAAAAAAAUAACAAUUGGUGGCCACAGCAGCGGUGCAACGAUGAUACAUUAUUUAUUGGUAUCUAAACAAUCUGCCGAUUUGUUUCAACGCGCAAUUAUGAUCAGCGGCAACGCCGUGAAUCCCAGAUCAGUGGCAAGGUAUCCCAAAGACAACGCUUACAUAUUGGCCAAAGAACUCGGCUUGGACACAAACGAUGACCAACUUCUACUUAAGAAACUCAAAGAAGUAGAUGUUUUCGACAUUAUAGAUGCAGAAGUGAAAUUAACCAAAUACGACGAACUUGUUCUACGUCCAUUCUCUUUUUUUCUUCCAACUGUUGAAAAGGAAUCUUCUCACGCAAUCGUCACUUCAGAUCCUAUAAAUUUAAGUUUGCAUGAGAAUGUGUCAAUUUUUUCUGGUUUUAAUGACAGAGAAGGCAUAUACAUCAUACCAAAAAUACUUAAAAAUGUGACGAAUUUGAAAAAACUAAUUGAUGAUAUAGAACUGUGUAUACCGUCCAAUAUAGAAUAUCCACUUAAUUCAAAAAUAUCUCUAGAUUUGGGUAAAUCGAUCAGAGAACGUUAUUUUAACAGUGACUUAUCCAACUUUACUUUAAGUAACAUUGUAGAUUUAGCGUCUGAUUCACACUUUAUUUACGGAAUAGACGCAUGGAUCAAAAAGAAGAAAGGAAUCAACAAAAGCAACGCUUUGUAUUAUUACAUGUUCAGCUUUGAUGGAGAUCUUAAUUGGUCGAAAAUAAAUUAUGACAUACAUUUCCCAGGAACCGCCCAUGCAGAUGAAAUGGGUUACAUAUUUGUCACUAAGAAUACAGAAUUGCUUUUAAAUAACAUCAGCAGUAAGAGUCGAUCGGUUCUAAACACUUGGAUUACAUUAUUAUGCAACUUUAUAAAAUUUGGAAAUCCCACACCAGAAGGCAGUAGCUUCAUCUGGCCGAGAUAUGACAAAAAUAGAUCAAUGCUCAUUAUAAGCGAAAACCCAAAGGAAGGAAGGGUUACAAAUCCGCUUCAUGACAGACUAAACUUUUGGUAUAAUGUUUAUGAAAAGUAUGACCGAUACGUAAAAGAUGGCGGCGAACUGGAGAAAAAAUGUAUAGCGUAACCAAAAAGGACAAAGACAUUACUAUAUUUAUUUUAUGAGAAACUAAUAAUAGUGUAAUAAAUUUUA